ACCGGUGCAGUACUAUAAACGACAUCUCAGGUGACUAGGUCAUUUUGGUAAUAAAAAUGGAAACUGCAAUGUUAGAUUUGUCAGUGACCGCAGAAAUUUCUGAAAAAGAAAUAGACGAAUUCGAAUCGCCUGCUGAACAUAGUGAAAUUAAAGCCCAUUUGAUUCUGACUGCGCAGCAGAAGAAUGAUCUACACGAAGCUUUCAAUCUUCUUGAUUUUAAUGGGGAAGGUAAAAUAAAAGCGGAAGAUUUUCGCGUUGCAAUUAAAGCUUUAGGCUAUGAACCCACGAAAGAGGAACUACAGAACAUGAUUAAUGGCGUUGACAAAGGUCAGACGGGGAAACUGAGCUUCGAAAACUUUGAAACCGCCAUUACGACGAAGAUUAUGUCCGUCGACAGCGAUGGCGAUAUCAUGAAGAGCUUUCGCCUUUUCGACAUGGAUGAUACAGGGUUCAUCAGUUUUGAUAACGUGAAGCGCGUAACACAAAUUCUCGACAUAUAUUUGACCGAUGAAGAAAUUCAGGAGAUGAUCGAUGAUGCUGAUAAAGACUACGAUGAAUAUAUAUCGGUUCAAGAAUUUAUGAAGAUGAUUAAGAACUCUGUAAAUAUCGUAACUCCAUAAAUUACUCAUUGUAUUAUGAUAACACCUGAUUUAAUUAUUGUCAAUGUUCGUAAUUUAUUAAAUAUACUUGUGUCAACAAAAGUUUACUGGAUUGUAGUAUAUUCCGAUUAAAUAGAGUGUAGAGAGUAAAAUAGAGACCAGGUAACGAAAAAAAACGUAGAAGUCGCCCUUUCUAACAAAUUGUUAAUCGAAAUAGCACCAUUGAGGCAUUGACAGGCACCAUGCAUUGAAUCGCAAGAAUACAGGAUUCGUUCUACUGUAUGUCAUGCAGCACGUGACCAGCUGUGAUUGGCCGGCAGUUAAUCUGCCAGCAUUGUGACUAUCGAUCUAAAAGCAUGCGAGGCACACUAUAAGCCACUCGCAGUCCAUGUUAUCGUUAAGGGCUAUUUUUGAUUUAUGUUUAUUUCGUUCGUUUGUUCAUUUAGGUUCAGACCUCAGAACAUUGGUUCAGACAAACACUGCUUCAACUUUACUGAGGAUUAUACCGAGAUAUGCGAAAAGUGCAUAAAACACUUGCAACAUUGUUAAAGAUAACAAUUAAUUAUUAAAAAGAAAAACUGCAGACCUACAUGUCUAUGGUUUUGCCAUGAUUUUUGACAUUUGACAAAAAUUGUUUGAUUUGUCAAAUUCCGCUAGCAUAAACCAGUAAAUAAAGUUUGAAUUUGAAAUUGAAUCGAAAUGAAUGUUAGAAAUAAUUUUCUCAGUAUUAGUGUUUGACUUAACGUGGUCCUAUAAAGAAUAUUAGUAACUUUCGUUUAACCUUACUA